AUGGAGGCAUUCACAUUUGCCGUCUCCACGCAGGUGGACUUUCCAAUCCAUGUCAAGAUUGGCUCUUUGGAAGGAAAGCAGAAGCAGAUUCCACUUUCAGUCCUAUACAAGCGACCGGACCUGCGACAUAUCGGCUCCAUCCAGAACCCAACCUCUGAUCUAUUUGUGACGGUUCAACUAUGGUCAGAUUCCAAGCAACUGGGUGUACCCAUGCAGACUUCGUACAAGUCUUUCAAGUCCGUUCGAGCCUGGAAUGAAUGGCUGCAGAUGCCCAUAUCCAUCAAGGAUGCUCCUCUGAGGUGCCAACUGGCUAUCACUAUCUGGGAUCUCUCACCAUUUGGCGGCCAAGGUGCAGACGGCCACUAUAUACCAUUCGGCGGAACAACCGUACCCUUGUUCGAUGAAGACGGUAAGCUGAAGACGGGGCGGCAAAAGUGCAAAGUGUAUCGACACAAAGCAGCAGAUGGCUUCUCGUCGACGACUACCCCAUCCACUCCACCGCCCAAGCGACGCAAGAACAAUGCCUCGGACGCUCUUGGCCCUUCGGUGGAUGAAAUGGAACUGGAAAGAGUAGAGGUGUUGAUCAAGAAACAUGAGAUGGGGGAGUUACCCCGAAUCGACUGGAUGGAUCAGAUGGUCUUCCGCCAACUGGAGAAGUUGAAGCUGAACGCUGAAGAAGCUGCGAGGAAGAGGACGAUCCGUCUCAAAGCGGCCAAGAACAAAGCGCCAGAGACACCAGGCGCUGACGGAGUAAAUUCUGAUGAGGAGGAGAUAGAUGACGAGAAUUUUGUCCUGUAUAUCGAGUUCCCGCGCUUCGAUCAUCCGAUCGUCUGGACUGACCAUCAGUACCCGCCCCCUCCGGUGUCGUCGUAUUCUCAAAAUGCGUCGGCGAACCCUAAUGCCACCCUAAAACCAGUUCCUGAAGUCCGCUUUGGACCAGGAAUUGAAGGCGCCGAUGGUGACGGUGUGAUUCGAAUCUACGACCCGGAAGUCGGCCAGACGGGUAACCCCUGUGAGGACAAACACAGAAGGUUGAUUCGAAGCCAUCGGACCGGCAUCAUGGACCGUGACCUGAAACCCAACCCUAAGAUUCGCGACGAGCUUAACGUCAUUGUGUCAUAUGAGCCCACUCAGGACCUCACAGCAGAAGAAAAAGACCUAGUCUGGCGUUUCCGAUAUUAUCUUACUCGUGAGAAAAGGGCACUCACCAAAUUUGUCAAAUCGGUCAACUGGCGUGACGCCGGUGAAGCUCAGCAAGCGGUAGAGAUCCUUCCUAAGUGGACGGAGAUUGAUGUUGAUGAUGCACUGGAGCUCCUCGGACCGACUUUCGAUAAUACUACUGUUCGUUCCUAUGCUGUAGAUAGGCUCCGAAAGGCAGACGACGAAGAGCUGCUCUUAUACCUUCUGCAGCUGGUACAAGCGCUGAAGUAUGAGGAAAAUUCUCGGGGCGCCGCGCAUGACUCGUCUUUGGCAAACUUCCUCAUCACCCGAGCUGCCAACAAUUUCAAGCUUGGAAGCUAUCUGCAUUGGUAUCUCAUGGUCGAAUGUGACGACACUAGCCCCGGCACCCUGUCCACUCAACGCAGACUUUUUGCCCGAGUGGAAUACUACUUCAUGGCCAAGCUCGAGCAAGUCUCCCCAGAACACAGGAAGACACUACUGCGGCAGGGUGAGCUUGUCGCCGUACUCACGAAGAUUGCCAAGGAUAUCCGCUUCGCUCGGGAGACGCGACCUCUGAAGAUCGAAAAGUUGAAGAAGUACUUGAAAGAUCCCAAGAAUGAGCUCGUCCAUAUCGAUCCUCCACUACCUCUUCCAUUGGAUCCAGAAGUGUCGGUAACAGGUUGCUUUCCAGAAGAAUCUAAUGUGUUCAAGUCCUCGUUGUCACCAUUGCACAUUACCUUCAAGACUUCUGAGGGACGCAAGUAUCCCAUUCUGUUCAAAGUCGGUGAUGACCUCCGGCAAGAUCAACUUGUAAUCCAGAUUAUCAUCUUGAUGGACCGUCUACUGCAGAAGGAGAAUCUAGACCUUAAGCUCACCCCUUACCGUAUCCUCGCGACAAAUGCUACGGCUGGCGCUGUGCAGUUCAUACCGUCAACCUCUCUCUCCGCCGUCUCUGCCAAGUACAAGUCAGUCCUUGCUUAUCUCCAGGCAAACAACCCCGACGAGAACGAACCUCUUGGUGUCCGCAAAGAGACCAUGGAUACCUAUGUGAAGUCCUGUGCUGGAUAUUGUGUCAUCACCUACCUUCUCGGCGUUGGAGACAGACACUUGGAGAAUCUUCUACUUGCACCAGACGGUCACUUUUUCCACGCAGAUUUCGGAUUCAUUUUGGGUCGAGAUCCCAAACCCUUCGCUCCCAUGAUGAAAUUGUGCAAGGAAAUGGUGGAAGGCAUGGGUGGUACAACCUCGCCUCAAUACCUCCAGUUCAAGCAGUACUGCUUCACUGCGUACACCACCCUGCGCAAAUCGGCGAACCUAAUACUCAAUUUGUUCAGUCUGAUGGUCGACGCCAACAUCCCUGACAUUCGUGUCGAACCGGACAAGGCUGUAUUUAAAGUCAAGGAAAGGUUCCACCUCGAGAUGACAGAGGAGGAGGCAAUCCGGCAUUUCGAGCAACUCAUCGGCGACAGCGUCAAUGCCAUAUUUGGUGUGGUCAUCGAUCGGCUACAUGAAUUUGUGCAGGGUUGGAGAGCGUAG